CUUAAGAGCAUAUCUCUGCAACCUGUCAGUCAUAAGGACCCAGAGGAAGAAUUGCCAGAAACACGAUCCAUCACCAUCUCUCAGAUGUUUGCCAAAGCCACAAAAGCCUUCGUGAAGGACACAGAUCAUGAGGGACGCCUGAUCCCUGUGUCCAGUCUGAAUGACACAGACGAACUGAAUCUCCGAUCACUCAUUGUCAAGACCAGGCACAGAUGCUUCUGGCAGGAACCCAAAUACCAGUCCCCUGGCUUUACCCUCGGUGAUGUCCUGAAGCCUGGAGAGCCUGGAAACACACCUUUAAGCCCAACUGUCAAGGAGUCUGACUUUGUGGACUACAGUGGGACAUUUGGUGACAAGAAAGAAAUGAACGCAGAUGGGAACGUGGAGGCAAAGUUGGCUGAUUUCAACAUUACCGUGGGAGGGAAAUGGUCCACCAAACAGAAGCUGUCCCUUGGCAGCCUGAACAAAGAGAAGGUUGAUGUGAAGGACUUACACAACUACUCAAAAAACAGAGUUCUGGACAUGUCCCAUCCUGUGAUCAAGCAGACCCGUGUGAAUCCCAGAGCAGUGUUAGGCGUCUUGACGGAGAGGAUUAUGACGUCACUACCUUGUCCGGUCACAAACAAUGUCCGGAAGCGUGGCAAUGUAGGAGCCAACGUGAGCGCCUGUGUGUUCCUGAGCGGGAAG